AGGUGGCGGGCAGAGGCGGUCGCCGCACAGUGCUACCCGAACGCUGCCGGCAGCUGGACGAAGGCGGCGGCAAGACACACGCAGCGGGCUACACACGGGAAUACCGGACAGCGUUGCGCGGACCCACUCACACACCACACGGGCAGCCAUGACCGUCGACGGGCUGGAGGAAUCUGGGACGAGCGGCAACGAGAGGACGAUGUCGCGCGAGGAGCCUUCGGCAGCGGACGGGGCGGUGGAGUCGCUGGACGUGGAGUCGCUGCCGGACCGCAUCAGCAGCAUGCUGAACGGCCGGGAGGUGCUGGUCACGGGCGGCACCGGCUUCCUGGGCAAGGUCUUCGUCGAGAAGCUGCUGCGCGUCUGCCCCGGCAUCGUGCGCAUCUACCUGCUCGUCCGCGCCAAGAAGGGCAAGGACCCCCGACAGCGCAUCGACGAUAUCUUCAGCUCGCCGCUGUUCGACAAGCUGAAGGCGGAGCGCGGAGCGGACGUGAUCGCCCGGAAGGUGGUGGGCGUGGCUGGGGACGUGGCGGCGCCCGACCUGGGCCUGUCGGCGGCCGACCGCGAGACGCUGUGCGAGCGCGUCUCCAUCAUCUACCACGCCGCCGCCACCAUCCGCUUCGACGAGGAGCUCAGAAAGGCCGUCAUGCUCAACACCAGGGGCACCAGGCUCAUGCUCGAGCUCGCCAAGGAGGUCAAGAAGCUCGAUGCAUUCGUCUACAUCUCAACGGCAUACUGCCAUUUGGAGGAGAAAGUGCUCCACGAGAAAGCGUACCCGCCUCCCGCAGAUCCACACAAAACGAUAAAAUUCUGCGAAAAUAUGAGCGACGAGAUCUGCAAUUCGAUGACCAAAAGUGUUUUGGGAAAUCUUCCGAACACUUACGCCUUCACAAAGGCCCUCGCAGAAGGCCUUUGCGUCGAAGCGAUGGAGAAAGGUUUACCAGUGUUGAUACUUCGGCCUUCUGUAGUGAUUCCGAUAUGGAAGGAGCCUCUACCGGGAUGGACAGACAAUAUAAACGGACCAACGGGUCUGCUGAUCGGAGCAGGCAAGGGUGUGAUCCGUACAAUGUACUGCGACCAGAACGGCUAUGCUGACUACCUGCCUGUAGACAUCGCAGUGAACGGAAUAAUGAUUGCUACGUGGAAUUAUGUUGCUAAUGGGGAUAAAGAGAGGAGCAUUGUGAACAUGACUUCCAGCUCCGAGUUCCAAAUUUCAUGGGCAGAGAUCAUCGAGCGGGGCAGGAAGAUCACGGAGCGCGUGCCGCUCAACGGUGUGGUGUGGUACCCGGGCGGCAGCAUGAAGAGGAGCCGCCUGCUGCACAACAUCUGCCUGCUGUUCUUCCACUUCAUCCCAGCCAUACUCAUUGACACACUCAUCUUCCUGGCUGGCCACAAACCGAUAAUGAUGAGAGUCCAACGAAGAAUCAUGAAAGGUUUUGAGGUGUUUGAGUACUAUGCAAACAAUCAGUGGCAGUUUAUAAAUGAUUCUGCACUUGAAGUUAGAAAACAGUUGAACAAAAGGGAAAGGCUUCUUUAUAAGAUCGAUGGAGAUGAUUUGGAUAUAGAUGCUUACUUUGAAGAUUGUAUAAGGGCUGCAAGAUUAUACAUCUUGAAAGAGCUACCAGAAACACUUCCAGCUGCCAGAAGACAUCUGCGAAUAAUGUACUGGGUGGACAAAAUAACAAAAGCUGUGUUCCUUGGGCUGUUAUUGUGGACACUGGUGUCAUACUCUGAUGCCAUCUUCGACUUCCUACGUGCCUUUCUGAGACUUUUAAAUUACUCUGUAGUACAGAUCUUCAAUGUUUUCAACUCAAGCUCUUCACAGUCACCAUCGGUAACACCAGUGAUACAAGACAAGUCACUUCUUUGAUUCACUGGUAAAUAGUGUGUACUGAGUUUGUUGCAUAAGGCACUCCUUGUUGUCAGGAGGCAAAUGAGUUAAGGACAUGGAGAUGAUGUACAACAUAAUACGCUUUAUAAGUCCUUACAUUCAUUGUGUAUAGCACACAUUACAUACUACUCUUUCCAAUUCAGGUGUAAUCUCAAUUACUGAAACUGUGUUCCUGUUAUGGAUGUAUAACUGUAGGGAAAUAAGUAUUGAUAUAUAUGCAUGAAGUGUGUAUUGACACCUGAGAUAAGUGAGUGUAAUACAUAAAAGAAUAAAUUCCUGAAGAAGUAUAAUCACAUAAAGCACUACACAGUAACUGUACUGUGUUCCUACAAGUAAAAUAUUCAUUACAAUUGUAAAAAAGUAAUGGAGUUGUUUGCAAAUUCUAUUAAGGCUCAAAAAUAUGUUAUUGUCAUUUUUAAUUAUGAAAUAGAUGGCAUACAAGGUAA